AUGCGAAAGGAACGAGUGCACGGGUUUGGUCGUGCUUAUAAAAGGAAGGCAGUCGUCGGUUUCGGAAACGAAGGGUCAUUGUCCGCUUAUUCUCCUCGAAUGUGGGCUUCAGCACUUCUGAGUGCUUCUUCAAGGGUUUUCGGCAGACAUUUAUUGAAGUCUCUUGCAGAAGUGGAGUUCUUGGGAAAGUUUAUUCACCCAAAUCUAGUAAAACUCUUGGGAUAUUGUUGGGAAGAUCAAGAGUUCCUUCUGGUCUACGAAUAUAUGCAAGAAGGAAGCUUAGAAAACCAUCUCUUUAAAAAAGGCAGUGAACCACUUCCAUGGGAGACAAGGAUCAAAAUCGUCAUCGGAGCAGCUCAGGGACUUGCUUUCUUGCAUAGUACCAAAAGAAAAGUUAUUUAUAGAGAUUUUAAAUCCUCAAAUGUCUUAUUAGAUGGUGAGUUUAACACGAAACUCUCAGAUUUUGGAUUAGCAAAGCUAGGUUCAGUUAAUGGAGAAUCUUACGUGUCAACAAUGAUAGUGGGAACAUAUGGUUAUGCAGCUCCUGAAUAUAUGAUUACUGGUUAG